CGGAACCAUACAUGACGUCACGGUCUCUGUUAUUUGGCGCGAUGUUUAGACGGAUUUCAAACACUGGUUUCUAACCGUCUGGCAGUGAAUCACCAAGCAAGAGGUCCCGUCUUUAGUGCUCCUAACUGUGGCUUAUAAGGCUACCCACAACACCGAAAUGUCUUGGGACUUCUUUGUACCCGUCUGCGUGGGCGACCUCGUGAAAACCGGGGGUAUCAACCAGUACGUGGUCCAAGAUGUCGUCGCCCCUAAACACAUACCAUCCCACCUCAUCAGUUUCAAGGCAGCAUUAAGAAGCCAGGGGCCGUUGUGUAUCUUAGAGCACUUCGACACUGGUUACAGUGUGCUACAGCACAGCAACGCAGUGGACUUGAGCAUCAAAGAGGACACUCUUGAAUUUCUUAUCCAAGUUGUGAGUGGACUGUCUGUGUCCUUGCCGGCGCUGCUCAUCUCCACUAACCUCUCAGCAGCAGACCGCAAGGAGCAGCUAAAUGCAGUGAAGAUGGGUGUAUUUUUACUCUGCAAACUUACAGAGGUGCUUGAAAGCGACUCCUGCAGACAAAGUAUCGUCACUGCAACGGGCAAGGGCAGGCAAAAGGUCAAGGAAGUUGGAGAGGGUCUGGCGCAGUGGGACACCGAGAGGGAGACGGUGCUGCAGGCCCUGGUACAACUCCUCCAGCUGGAUAUCCGCGCCCUCUGGAGCUUGUCCCUGGUGGAGGAAGAGUUCAUCAGCUGUGUGACAUGCUGCUGCUACAAGCUCCUUGAGAACCCCACCAUCAGCCACGUGAAGAGCAAGCCCACCAGGGAUGCAGUCAUUCACCUGCUCGGGCUGCUGAUAAAGAAGUACAACCACCUACUGGGUGCAAGUGUCAAAGUGAUUCAGAUGCUGCAGCACUUUGAGCAGCUGUCCUCUGUGUGUGCUCAGGCCGUCUCUGUGUGGAGCACCGAGUAUGGAGUCCGGGCAAUAAUAGGAGAGGUCAUACGGGAGAUUGGUCAGAAGUCCAGUGAGGAGCUCGCCAGAGAAGGGUCAGGGGUCAAGGCCUUCUCUUCUUUCCUGUCGGAAUUGAGUUCCCUGGUGCCUGAAUUGAUUAUCCCCAACAUCAGUGUCCUCAUCACGCACUUGGAAGGAGAGAGCAACAACAUGCGCGUGGCGGUGUGUGAGGUCCUGGGAGACAUCCUAGUCCGGGUCCUGUGCGGCGACGCUCUGGACGAUUCUGGCAAAGCGGACCGCGAUCGUUUCUUCGACACGCUGCAGGAGCAUCUGCACGACACGCAUUCCCAUGUGCGAGCGCGCGUGCUGCAGGUCUACACGCGCGUUGUCAACAGCAAGGCGUUGCCGCUGUGCCGGUACAGUGAGGUGAUGGGGCUGGCUGUGGGGAGGCUGAUGGACAAGUCUAUAAACGUAGUGAAGAGUGCCAUCCAGCUGCUGGCCGCCUUCAUCGCUCAUAACCCCUAUAGCUGCAAGUUGAGCAGUGCCGAUCUAAAGAACCCUCUGGAGAAGGAGGCGACCAAACUCAAAGAGCUGAAGGAGAAGGUGGAAGGCAAAGCACCCGUGGCGGUCAUAAGGGCGUCAGAGCUGUGGGACGCCAUGGAGCCUGAGCUGCUGACCACUGCCACGGCUGUGCUGGAGCCCACCAGCGGAGAAGAAGAGGAAGAUAAUGACGAGGAGGUGGUGGAGGAAGAGAUGGAGGAGGCACAAGAUGACAGGGCAACAGCUGUGCAGAUCGCACAGUUACUGCGUGUUAAUAAAUAUAGACAUGCUGUGCGUCUGUGUAUAAAAGCACAUGGCAGGUUCCCCCAGUCUGAGAUGUUCUCUGCACUCGACAAUCUCUCCCCCGAGACGGUCAUGGAGGCUCUGGCUCUGCUCUUCAAAGGGCCUGAUGAAGACUCCCGCGAGCUGAGUCAGAACCUGCCCCCAACCCCUCAGAAGGAGGUGGAGGGAGAGGACUCUGAGCUCAAGAAACAGGAGAUGUUGGUGCAGUACCUCAAAGAUACACAAAGCUUUGCCCUGCAGGUGGAGAGGGCCAUCGCUGUCAUCAACACCAUGCUCUACUGCAAAACCACCUCGGUGGUCCAGGAGGCGGUGCAGUUCUGCGUGACAGUGUGUGAGUUCAGCGUGGCCAACUCACUGUCCGGGGUGAGGAGGAUGCUGCCCCUGGUCUGGUCCACCGACCCCACCAUCAAGGACGCCGUGGUGCAGGCCUACAGACGCCUCUACCUCAACCCCCAGGGAGACUCCACCAGAGCCAAGGCCCACACUCUGGUGGACAGCCUCUCUGAGCUGAUGGUGGAUGCUUCCCUUGGAACCAUCCAAUGUCUGGAGGAGAUAGUGCAGGAGUUCUUUGGCAGCAGCAGUAGCCUCCAGUCGACUGUGGUGCAGGUGCUGUGGGAGCGCUUCACUGGCAAACGGGAGACCUCGCCGCUCCACAGAAGGGCUGCAGUGAUCCUGCUUGGCAUGGCUGCACGGGCUGAGAGGGAGGUGGUGCUUAGUAAUGUGGAAACCUUCUGCAACGUGGCUCUGGGGGAGAAGGUGGCAGAGGACUUCCUGCUGGCCAGAGACGUGGUCAUCACUAUCAGCAGCAUCACAGAUCACGUCAGGCAAUCAAAGAACGCCCCAUUCAGACUGCCCCACGACCACCAGCUGUUCACCUGCCUAACAAAGGCUAUCGCAGAAGGUGUGGUGAAGGAGGACCCUCACUGGCAGAGCUUCAUGGAGCAGGCUGUUCGUCUUCUGUACUUCCUGGCCGAGUGCCCCGACCAGCUCUGCUCGCUGCUAAUGCAGAAGAGCACCCUGCUCUUAUUGGACCAGGUCACCAGAACAGCAGAAGCCUCCAAGGAGACUGUCCAAUCCCAAGGCGACUCGCAGGACUCUCAGGAUUCUGCUGAACAAGUGAGCAGCGUGAGCCUGGCCCAGCUGCUGUCUCUGUGCGGCUGUGUGGCCUUCUGGCAGGUGUCCCAUCUGGAGGGCAGUGUCAGUGCCGAGCUGCGGAGGAGGAGAAGAGAAACCGAGGAGAGGGAGGAGAAGGAAAAGAGGCCUUCGAAAUCUAAGCAAGCAGCCAAUGACAGUGCCGUAGAGGAGGAGCUUGGCUUGAUGGGUGCCAUGGCUGACGACACGGAGGCGGAGCUCAUAAGAAAGAUCUGCGAGACAGAAUUACUGGCGGAGGAGAACAUGCUGUUCUGCUUUCUCCCCCUGCUGGUGAAGGUGUGCAGCUCUCCUGGCCGCUACGCCCACCCCCAGCUCACCACCGCCGCCUGCCUUGCCCUCUCCCAGUUCAUGAUGAUCAGUCCGUCGGUCUGCGACGAGCACACGCGUCUGCUGUUCACCGUGCUUGAGCGCUCGCCGCUGCCUGUGGUCCGCGCCAACGCCAUCAUCGCUCUGGGGGACCUCAUCGUUCGCUUCCCCAACAUCCUGGAGCCCUGGACCCAGAACCUCUAUGCCAGGUUAAGGGACCCAGUGCCUUCGGUCAGACAGACGGCCGUGACGGUCCUUACCCAGCUGGUGCUCAAAGACGUCCUAAAGGUCAAAGGUCAGGUGGGCGAGGUGGCGGUGCUCCUCAUCGACCCCGAGCCACACAUCACUAGCCUGGCCCUCAACUUCUUCAACGAGUUGGCCUCCAAGGACAAUGCGAUCUACAACCUGCUGCCAGACAUCGUCAGCAGGCUGUCUGACCCAGAGAGGGGCAUGAGUGCUGAGGACUACCACGUUAUCAUGAAACAGCUGUUCUCGUACAUCACUAAAGAGAGGCAGACUGAAUCGCUGGUGGAGAAGUUGUGCCAACGUUUUAGAACGGCCAAGACGGAGCGCCAGUGGUGCGACCUGGCCGUGUCUCUGUCCCUGCUGUCCAUGUGUGAGCGAGGCCUCAAGAGGCUGCAGGAGUGCUGGGAGUGUUACAGCGACAAGCUGACAGAGCCUGGCGUCUACCAGCCCCUGCUCUCCAUCCCCGCCAAGCUCCGCCGCGGCGCCAAGCCCCAGCUCAAGGCCCAGCUGGAUGAGUUUGAAAAGAGGCUGACGGCUGUUCACACACGGGGGCUGGAGAACGUGGAGAGCCCCGAGGUGGAGGAGGGAGGCUCUGCAGAGAAUGUCUCGCACACCCCCCAGCCUGCCAGGGGCCGGGCCAGGUCCACUAGAGGUCAAUCCAAACAGGCGGUUUUGAGUCGUAUUGAUGACAGCUUUGUAACGCCGAAGGCCAGCCGCAAAUCCAAGAUGCCUGUCAUCACCUUCAGCAGUGAUGAGGAGGAGGAGGAAGAGGAUGCUGUGAUGGUGGAGAGCGAGACCCCCCGCGUGACCACGCCCAUCGCCCGCACGCCCCGCCGGACGCGGCUCCGGCACUAAUCCUUCAAAAUGGAAUUUUAGCUUUUUAAAAGUUAGAUUAUUUUGUAUACUUCUAUUCUUUUAAUGUCAAUUUUUUUUUAGCUCCCAACCUAUUUGUAAGCAUUGCUGAGGAACAACCUAACUUUUAAAUAAAUGGUUU